CGGGGGAGGGGCGGGGUUUAGAGGAAGCGGAAGUGUCAGUGCAAGCGGAAGUGGUACUGCCCUGAACAUCCCAAGCAGCGAGACGGAGGACGGAGAGAGACUCCAAUUGCAUCGUCCACACAUAAAAGCAGGAAUUAAAGUACAUUAUUAAUCGUGAACAUGGACAAGAGUGACCUGGUACAGAAGGCCAAGCUGGCGGAGCAGGCGGAGCGCUAUGACGACAUGGCGGCGGCGAUGAAGGCGGUGACGGAGGAGGGGCAGGAGCUGUCCAACGAGGAGCGCAACCUGCUGUCGGUGGCCUACAAGAACGUGGUGGGGGCGCGGCGCUCCUCCUGGCGCGUCAUCUCCAGCAUCGAGCAGAAGACCGAGGGCAACGAGAAGAAGCAGCAGAUGGCGCGCGAGUACCGCGAGAAGAUCGAGGCCGAGCUGCAGGACAUCUGCAAGGACGUGCUGGGACUCCUGGACAAACACCUGAUCACCAACGCCAGUCAGGCGGAGAGCAAGGUGUUCUACCUGAAGAUGAAAGGAGAUUAUUUCAGAUACCUGUCUGAGGUGGCAUCUGGAGACUCCAAGGAGGCGACGGUGAAGUCUUCCCAGGACGCGUAUAAGAGCGCUUUUGAGAUCAGUAAGGAGAUGCAGCCCACGCACCCCAUCAGACUGGGCCUGGCUCUCAACUUCUCCGUCUUCUACUACGAGAUCCUCAACUCGCCCGAGCAGGCCUGCAGCCUGGCCAAGACGGCAUUUGACGAAGCCAUUGCUGAACUCGACACCUUGAACGAGGAUUCAUACAAAGACAGCACCCUGAUCAUGCAGCUACUAAGGGACAACCUCACCCUGUGGACAUCGGAAAACCAGUGCGAUGAAGGGGAGGCUGGCGAGGGGGAGAACUAAUGGCCCUUUGCACUAUCGAUCCAGCCACUCUCUCUCUCUAUCUCUCUCUCUGUCUAUCUUACACACACCCCCCUUUCCGCCAGCCCAGCUCCGCCCCUUUCUAUGACGAGCAGCAUGUAUUGUACCCGACCUUGCGGUUGUGCCCCUCUCUGAUUGGUCCUGAGGUGACAGGGUAAAGUUCCUUUCCCCGUAGGCUGUCCUCUCUGCCCUUUGUGAAUUAACACCUGGUUUAAAAGUAGAAAAUCUUUUUUUUUUUUUUUUUUGAUCCUCAGUCAUGAUUCCAUUUUUUAAAAAAUAAGAUAUUUCCAUUCACAUAGAGAAGGUUAUUGCAUUUCAUCAUAUUCGGAUUUCCUUUUCUUAUUUUCUGUUGUCAGUUUUCCAUUCCUUUUUCCAUUUUGGUUUUUUAUUUUUGAUUUUUUAGUGUAAUUGGUCGUUGGUAUUUGCAGGUUUUAUUGUAAGGUUAUUAAACUGGCAGUUUAUUUUCACCAAACACUGUGAUGCUUAGUUUUGUGUUUUCUUACCCAUGUUUCUCUCUCUCUCUCGCUUGCUCUCUCUCUCUCUCUCUCUCUGUAGGUACACACACACAUCUCUCUGUAGGUACACACACACUCUUAUAUAAAUGUAACUGAGACAUCGUAGGCUGACUGCACUUAGGUGGCAGAUCAGCUGUUUCUUUUGGAUUCAUACAGAAAGGAGUAGCCUCCUGUAUUGUGGCACUGGGUGUACUGCUGUGUAUGUUCACUAUUUCACCUAGGAAAUAAAAUGUUUAAAAAAAAUUUUAAAAAGUUAAAGGGACCCUAUAUUUCAGGGUUACAGACCCGUCCUUUUAUUUAAACAUUCCAUCUGACCACGUUUGUGUGUAAUGAUAAUAUGGCCAAAAUAAAGAUGGAGAAGACUGGUGCACUGGGCUGUUAUUGAGACUGUCUGCAUGCGUACCAGAACAGCGUGAUGUCAGUACAGUGGGAGCUUUGCUACGACUUCUUUUAGCAUUUUCUUAGCAAAAUAAUUGAGAAAUUUAACCUUUUUUUUUUUUUUUUUUUUGGUGGGAGGGGUGGUAGUUGGAAUGGCACUGUUGUGAACCUUCCUGUAAAUAAUCCUGGAAGAUGUUGUGUAAUUUUUCAGAACAGGGUUUGUCAAACCUACAGUCUGCUAAAUGAAGGGGAAAACUUUGGGGUCCAGAAUUUUAAACCACCUGAAAGGAGGCUCUUCCAGUGGGCGCCCCCUGCGUGUGUCCAGGCGGUUACGUGCGCGAUGGUUCGAGCGUUCGAGAAGUUACGUGUUCGAGCGGUUACACGCGUGAUUAUUUUAGCGUUCCAGCGGUUGCAUGCGUCCCGUUGAUAAGGCUUCAGACACAGGCACUCAUGAGGCGGUCAGUGAAGAUUUAAUACCCUGGAAUAAUAUUCCCGAAUCUUUAUUCGCUCAGUGUCACAAUACCCAACCUCUGUCGUUAGCAUUCUGCUUUAGGUGUGGAGACUACCUGUCCCUGUUCAUCCUGCUGAGGCCUGCUUCUCACACACACACAUACACGUAUGCGCACACACACACAAAUGUACACACGCAAGGAUAAACCUCCCUUUUCUUGCUGAACAAAAUGGCAGUUGUUAUUCUACGCUUUAUUUUUAAAAAUGCACUGGUGAAUGUGGAGGGCGUCUGUAUAUCCAGUUCCUCUUCCUGCUUUGUUUUUACUGGCCGGAGACUUGCCGGAAGUCUGCUUCUGUAACGGUUUUAUCGCCUAGCGCGCAUGUAGUUGUGAACGUUUAGAACAGCUGGGGGAAAAAAAUAGAUUCAAAAAAUGAGCCCAAAAUACCCCUCCUCCCAGGUUAUUGAUUAAAUGAUAAAUAGAUUUGUGUGUCUUAAAAAUAAAAAAUAAAAAACGCUUCUAGUUUCACCUUACAUGUAACAAUCAGGAAACGUGUACAAGAUCAUUUAAAGUGAAAUAAAGGUUUUAUCAGUUCA